ACUGCUGCCCCCAAACUUUCCGCCAGCAGGAGCUAUAAGAACCUCCAAGUCUUCAACUUUCUCCCAAUCCCAGACACCUCGAAGGGGCUCCAAGGAGGGAUCGGGAGGGAUUUUUUUUUUGGUUGGCCUUUUUAUUUUUUUCCUCUUGGAUCCUGAUGCCAUCCCCCCUCCCCCCAAAGUGAGGUCCUCCCUCCUUCCUUCCCUCCUCCUUCUCCUCAGAAGGCCAGCGAAGCAGCCGAUCAAGGGGGAGCUGGCGGGUUAGGUGCCCCCCUCUUCUCCCUGCCCUCCCCCCCCUCCCGGCCCGCUUCUCGCGUCUCCCCCCAGAGAUGAUGCAGCAGGACGAGUCAAACUCUCCAGUCUCCCCCGCCGACGACAGCUUGAGCAACAGCGAAGAGGAGCCGGACCGGCAGCAGCUGCCCAACAACAAGAGAGGGGGGCGCAAGCGCCGCUCCAGCCGCCGCAGCGCCGGCGGCGCCGUCGGGGCCGCGGACGAGCCCUGCAGCCCGGCCCAAGGCAAGCGGGGCAAGAAGUGCGGGGCGGGCGGGGGCGGCGGGGGCGGCGGAAGCAGCAGCGGCGGCGGCAGCCCCCAGUCCUACGAGGAGCUGCAGACCCAGCGGGUCAUGGCCAACGUGCGGGAGCGGCAGCGCACGCAGUCGCUGAACGAAGCCUUCGCCGCCCUGCGGAAGAUCAUCCCCACGCUGCCCUCGGACAAGCUGAGCAAGAUCCAGACCCUCAAGCUGGCGGCCAGGUACAUCGACUUCCUCUACCAGGUCUUACAGAGCGACGAGCUGGACUCCAAGAUGGCAAGCUGCAGCUAUGUGGCCCACGAGCGGCUCAGCUACGCCUUCUCGGUGUGGAGAAUGGAGGGCGCCUGGUCCAUGUCCGCAUCCCACUAGCAGGCGGCGUCCCCCACCCGCAUCCCCCCGGCAGGAGCCCUAGAUGACAUUGUUCCCACAGAAGGAGAGAAUGGACAAUCUAGAGACUCUGAAGUUGGAUACGAUUUUUUUUUUUUUUUUAAUCUUUCUAACAAAAAAUGUGCCAAAGAUUUCUUGGAAUUUAGAAGAGUGAAAUCCAAAUUCAAAGCAGGGCGUGGGGAGCACUUAAGGAAAGAGAAAGAGUGAAGGGCUUUGGACAGUGACUACCCUCUGGGCGUCGGUACAAUCCACACAUCUCUGCAUUCUGAUAGAAGUCUGAAUCGUUCGAUUUUUUUUUUUUUAAUUUUGACGAAGAAUGUUGGAAUCGAACUUUUUUGUUUGCCCUUUUUUGUUUUUUUGGGUUUUUUUGCAUGCAUGCAUUCCCAAGAGGUCGUGCUUAUGAGCCACUGAUGAAAGGAAAUACAUUAUUGUGGACCUUCUUCAUUCUUGAAUGAAACCAAGCAGUCAACCAAAAAUAUCCCUGUAGAGAUGAAAACCUUUUUUAUUUUUUUUUCUAAUUUUUUUUAGGGGGGAAUAAGCUGGGCUGAAACUGCUAUAUACCCGGUUCCUAACUUUUUUAUUAUUAUUAUUUUUCCUCUGAGAAAAAAAUAAACAUUUUAUUUAUUUAUUGAUGACCCAUGUUAAAAUGCAAAUAGAUCCGGUGUCUAAAUGCAUUCCUAUUUUUAUGAUUGUUUUGUAAAUAUCAUUGUAUAUUAUUUUUCUGCAAUAAAUAAAUAUGAUUGAAAUUUUAAUAA